AUGACUCAGUAUGAGCCAAACUCAGGAACACCUCUAGAGAUCCUUUGUGCGGGGGAGGAGAACUGGGUGGACAGCAGAACCGUGUACAUUGGACAUAAAGAACCACCGCCGGGAGCUGAGGCUUACAUCCCCCAGAGAUACCCUGACAAUAGAAUAGUCUCCUCUAAGUAUACAUUUUGGAAUUUUAUACCGAAGAAUUUGUUUGAGCAGUUCAGACGAAUUGCCAAUUUCUACUUCCUCAUUAUAUUUCUAGUGCAGUUGAUCAUUGACACCCCCACCAGUCCCAUCACCAGUGGACUGCCUCUCUUCUUUGUCAUCACUGUCACAGCUAUCAAACAGGGCUAUGAAGACUGGCUCAGGCACAAGGCUGAUAAUGCAAUUAACCAGUGUCCAGUUCACGUCAUCCAGCACGGAAAUGUGGUGCGCAAGCAGAGUCGGAAGCUCCGGGUGGGAGACAUCGUUCUGGUUAAGGAAGAUGAGACGUUUCCCUGUGACCUCAUCCUGUUGUCCACGAGUCGGGAAGACGGAACGUGUUUUGUUACCACAGCCAGUUUGGACGGGGAGUCCAGUCAUAAGACCUAUUAUGCAGUUCAGGACACGAAGGCGUUUAACACAGAGGAGGAGAUGGACACUCUGCAGGCCACUAUUGAAUGUGAACAACCACAGCCAGACCUUUACAAAUUUGUGGGGCGCAUCAAUAUUUAUCAGGACCGAGAUGAGCCCAUUGCUAGACCUCUGGGAUCUGAGAAUCUGCUGCUACGAGGGGCGACACUGAAAAACACAGAGCACAUAUACGCCGUGGCUAUCUACACGGGCAUGGAGACCAAAAUGGCACUCAAUUACCAGUCCAAAUCACAGAAACGAUCCGCAGUGGAAAAGUCAAUGAAUGCCUACUUGAUUGUUUACCUCUGCAUCCUGAUCAGCAAAGCCCUUAUCAACACCGUCCUAAAAUACGCGUGGCAAGCCGACCCCAACCGAGACGAGCCCUGGUACAACGAGAGGACUGAAACAGAGAGGCAGCGACACGUACUGAUAAGAGCAUUCACCGACUUCCUGGCCUUCAUGGUCCUGUUUAAUUACAUCAUCCCCGUAUCUAUGUACGUUACCGUGGAGAUGCAGAAGUUCCUGGGCUCAUACUUCAUCAUGUGGGAUGAUGAGAUGUUUGAUGAGGAACUUGGGGAGGGAGCACAGGUCAACACGUCUGACCUCAAUGAGGAACUUGGACAGGUUGAGUAUGUGUUCACAGAUAAGACUGGGACGCUGACUGAAAAUAACAUGGAGUUCAUUGAGUGCUGUGUGGAUGGGCAUGUCUACGUGCCUCAUGCCAUCUGUAACGGGCAGAUUAUGUCUGGGGCUACGGGUAUGGACAUGAUCGACUCCUCGCCCGGCGCCGAGGGGAAGGAGCACGAGGAGCUGUUUUUCCGUGCCCUCUGCCUUUGCCACACAGUGCAGGUGAAGGAGGAGGAGACAGUGGACGGCAUUAAGAGGGGCAUUCACCAGGGUAAAGCCACCUCCUUCUACAUUUCCUCAUCGCCAGAUGAGGUGGCUCUCGUGGAGGGCAUGAAGAGGCUGGGCUUCACCUACCUUCGUCUGAAGGAUAACCACAUGGAGGUCCUCAACAGAGAGGAUGAGAUAGAGAGGUUUGAACUGCUGCAGGUGCUGAAUUUUGACUCUGUGAGAAGGAGAAUGAGUGUGAUUGUAAGGUCCAGCACAGGGGAGUAUUUCCUGUUCUGUAAAGGAGCAGACUCCUCCAUUUUUCCCCGGGUCGUCUCGGGCAAAGUGGAGCAGGUCAGGGCACGUGUGGAGCACAACGCUGUGGAGGGCUUACGGACGCUCUGCGUGGCCUACAAGAGACUGACCCACGAGAACUACGAGGAAGUGUGUCAUCGCCUUAACAGCGCUAAGUUAGCCCUCCAGGACAGGGACAAGAAACUAGCCGAGGCUUAUGACGUCAUCGAGAGAGACUUCAUCCUCCUAGGAGCCACGGCGGUGGAGGACAGGCUUCAGGACAAGGCUGCAGACACCAUCGAGUCUCUGCACAAGGCUGGUAUGAAAGUAUGGGUACUGACUGGGGACAAAAUGGAGACGGCGGCGGCUACGUGUUACGCCAGUAAGCUGUUCCACCGUAACACACAGAUCCUGGAGCUCACCACCAAACGCACCGAAGAGCAGAGUCUGCACGAUGUCCUGUUUGACCUGAGCAGAACUGUCCUCAGACAACAAGGAGGCAUGACCAGAGAUACCUUCUCAGGCCUCUCAAAUGAGUUUCAGGACUACGGGCUGAUCAUCGAUGGUGCCACAUUGUCUGCGGUAAUGAAACCAGCGCAGGAUGACAGUUCGGGAAACUACAAAGAGAUUUUCCUGGAGAUCUGCCGCAACUGCAGCGCCGUCCUCUGCUGCCGCAUGGCGCCCCUCCAAAAAGCACAGAUUGUUAAGAUGAUCAAAGCCUCAAAAGAACACCCCAUCACUUUAGCCAUCGGGGACGGAGCCAAUGACGUCAGCAUGAUCCUAGAGGCUCAUGUGGGCAUAGGGAUUAUGGGUAAAGAGGGUCGUCAGGCGGCACGAAACAGCGACUAUGCAAUCCCAAAGUUCAAACAUUUGAAGAAGAUGCUGCUAGUCCAUGGACAUUAUUACUAUAUCAGAAUAGCAGAGCUGGUGCAAUACUUCUUCUACAAGAAUGUCUGCUUCAUCUUCCCUCAAUUCCUCUACCAGUUCUUCUGUGGCUUCUCCCAACAGCCAUUGUAUGACACGGCAUAUCUCACUCUGUACAAUAUCAGCUUCACCUCCCUGCCCAUCCUACUCUACAGCCUUAUAGAACAGCACAUUAACAUGGACAUCCUGAAGAGAGACCCAUCCCUCUACAGAGACAUUGCCAAGAAUUCCCUCCUACGCUGGCCGAUUUUCAUCUACUGGACGUUUUUGGGGGUCUUUGAUGCGAUGGUCUUCUUCUUUGGUGCUUUCUUUCUCUUCGACAACACUACCUUCACUAGCAACGGACAGCUAAUGACCACCAACACACAGAUGAUGUUUGGCAAUUGGACGUUUGGCACUUUGGUCUUCACAGUCCUGGUGUUUACUGUCACGUUAAAGCUCGCCCUUGACACACACUACUGGACAUGGAUCAACCACUUUGUCAUCUGGGGGUCACUGCUCUUUUACGUUAUUUUCUCUCUCUUAUGGGGAGGAAUCAUUUGGCCUUUCCUGAACUACCAGAGGAUGUACUAUGUCUUCAUGCAGAUGCUGUCCAGUGGGCCCGCCUGGCUCAGUAUCAUUCUGUUGAUAGUGGUCAGUCUUUUGCCUGACGUGGUGAAGAAGGUCCUCUUCAGAGCACUGUGGCCCACCACUACUGAACGCAUCCAGAACGCUGACAAACUCUAUAAGGGCCACCUGUCGGAGUUCACCCCCUUGUCCUCACUGCAUGCUCCGCCCACUCGCAAACGGGACGAGACCGGCCAGAACCACGUCCACAGAAGGUCUGAGUCACCUCCUAAAAAAGUGAUGUACGCUCACCUGAACAGCGGCCCCGACUACUGCACCUUCCGCUCCUUCAUUCGAUUCGAAAACCCACGUCUGUCUGGGGCCGGUUAUGCUUACACUGCGCCCGGACCCGAGACCUCUGUCUGACACUGAUUAGGCCGUUUAGGCACCUUGAACUUGUACCCGCACACA